CCCUUCUCUCUGUUCACUUUACAAUGGAGGAAAACAUCUUUUCUUCUAUCUCACAAAUGUGACUUUGGAAUAUGAGUCAACCCAAGAAAAAGCCAUAUAAGUCCACAACAGCGCCAAAUGAACCGAGGCUAGCAUGCCACGUAUCAAAUAGCACUCACAAAAUCCACGUAUUUUCUGUUAAAAUUCAAAUUCAAAAUACAGAUAUUGUUUUUUUUUAAUCUCCACAUGUUUGCCACCUCAUCGCCGUCUUCGACUCUUCCCCUCUCUUACUCUCCUUUCUCCGAGUCACAAACUCACUUGUACGAACUCCGAUUCCCCCGACUCCGAGUUGACUCCGCCGUCUCCGGUGUGAGGAAGAGUGUCAGUAUGAAUAACCUCUCACAGUACGAGCAUCCUCAAGACGCCAACAAUAACAACAGCCACAAAGAUGUCCUCUCCCACGACGAUGCCGGUCCUCCCAACUCCGGCAAGCCCCUUGACCGUGAGCGCAAGCGAGGGGUACCGUGGACGGAGGCAGAGCACAACCUGUUCUUGGUGGGAUUGCAGCAAGUUGAGAAAGGCGAUUGGAGGGAAGUUUCUAGGAACUACGUCAAAACGCGAACUCCAACGCAGGUUGCAAGUCAUGCUCAGAAGUACUUUAUCCGGCAAAGUAACCCCAAUCGCCGUCGCCGUAGAUCCAGCCUCUUUGACAUCAUCAACGACACGGAAAAGAUCUACGAUGUGUUUUUGAGUUUUCGAGGAGAAGACAGUCGCGCAAAGUUCAUUUCACAUCUAUAUACCUCUCUUCAAAAUGCUGGGAUUUAUGUUUUCAGAGACGAUGAUGAGAUUAAACGGGGAGAUAUCGUCUCAGACUCACUAAUGGAUGCUAUCAGCAAAUCUAGAAUUUCUAUAGUGGUUUUGUCAAAACAUUAUGCUAAUUCAAAAUGGUGUAUGCUAGAGCUGCUUGACAUAAUGAAACAUCGCAGAACCACAGGGCUGGUGGUUGUUCCGGUGUUCUAUGAGGUAGAUCCGUCAGAUGUGCGUCAUCAGACAGGUCAGUUUGGAAAAGCUUUUGAAGAUCUUAUAACAACAAUCUCAGUGGAUGAACAAGACAGUGUGAGGAAUUGGAGGACAGCACUUCUUGAAGUUGGUGGCGUAGCAGGUGUUGUCAUCAUAAAUUCCAGAAAUGAAAGUGAGGAUAUCAUGAAAGUUGUGGAAGAUGUUGCUGAUUUGCUAGGCAAGACAGACUUAUUUGUUGCUGAGCACCCAGUGGGGGUAGAAGCUCGCAUUCAAGAUGUCAUUCAACUAUUGAAAAGCCAACAAUCCAAAGAUCCUCUACUACUUGGGAUAUGGGGGAUGGGAGGAUUGGGUAAAACAACCAUUGCCAAAGGCGUGUAUAAUAAAAUUCGUCGUGAUUUUGAGGCCAAGAGCUUCCUCCUAAAUGUUAGGGAAGUUUGCGAACAAAAUGAUGGCUUAGUUACUUUACAACAGAAGCUUCUUUCUGAUAUCUACAAAACAACCAAGAUAAAGAUAGAUAAUGUUGAAUCAGGAAGAGUGGAAUUGAAGAGAAGACUUAGCCAAAAGAAAAUAUUUCUUGUGCUCGACGAUGUCAAUAAAUUGGACCAACUAAGUGCGUUGUGUGGAAGUCGUGAAUGGUUUGGCCAAGGAAGUAGAAUUAUCAUCACAACAAGAGAUGUAAAUAUUGUUAAAAAGGAAUUUGGAGUUGAAAUUGUAUAUAGAAUAAAAGAAAUGAACGACAAGGAAUCUCUUGAGCUGUUUAGUUGGCAUGCAUUUAAGCAACCAAGUCCUGAAGAUGGUUUUGCUGAUCUUUCUAGCGAUGUAGUUAAAUACUGCGGGGGGUUGCCGCUAGCUCUUCAAGUAAUUGGGUCCUUUUUGUUGACUAGGAGGAGGAUAAAAGAGUGGAAGAGUGUACUGGAGAAACUAAAAAUGAUUCCCAAUAAUGAAGUGAUGGAGAAGCUUAGAAUAAGUUUUGAUGGUUUAAGUGAUGAUGAUAUUAAAGAAAUAUUCCUUGAUAUAGCUUUCUUCUUUAUUGGGAUGGACCAAAAUGAUGUGAUUGAGAUAUUAAAUGACUGUGGGAAUUUUGCAGAAAUUGGAAUAAGUGUCCUCGUACAACAAUGCCUUGUAACUAUUGAUAGGAAGAACAGGAUCGGAAUGCAUGAUUUACUACGAGACAUGGGAAGAGAAAUUGUCCGCAAGAGAUCAGCAGAAGGGGGCAAGGAGCCUAGUAGAUUAUGGCAUUUUGAGGAUGUGCGGCGUGUAUUAUCAAAAUAUGCUAGAGCAGUGGAUGUUCAGGGACUGACCUUGAAGUCUCCAGAAAAGGAUACAACUUAUAAUUUGGAUGCUAAAGCUUUCGAGAAGAUGGAUAAACUUAGAUUGCUUCAACUUGCUGGCACACAACUUGAUGGAGAUUAUAAGUAUCUUUCAAGAGAUCUCAGAUGGCUUUGCUGGCAUAGAUUUCCUUUAAAAUAUACACCAGCAGACUUUCAUCAACAAAGUUUAGUUGCCAUUGACUUCAAAUAUUCCAAUCUGGUACAAGUUUGGAAGAAGUCCCAGAUGCUGAGGAAGCUGAAAUUUCUCAAUCUCAGUCAUUCUCCUAACUUGAGACAAACUCCAGACUUUUCAAACUUACCAAAUCUUGAAAAGUUAGUACUAAAAGAUUGUACCAGUUUGUCUUCAAUUUCUCCUUCUAUUGGAAAUCUCAAUGAACUGCUUCUUAUAAAUUUGAAAAACUGUACAAGCCUUCGUCAACUUCCAAGAAGCAUCUAUAAGUUGAAGUCAUUAAAAACCCUCAUUUUGUCUGGGUGUUCAAAAAUUGACAAGUUGGAAGAGGAUAUGGAACAAAUGGUAUCUUUAACCACCCUGGUUGCAGAUAACACUGCUAUAAUAAGAGUUCCAUUUGCUGUAGUGAGAUUAAAAAGCAUUGGAUAUAUUUCUUUGUGCGGCUAUGAAGGAUUCUCACGUGAUGUAUUUCCUUCAAUUAUACAGUCUUGGAUGUCUCCAGCUAAUAAUACUUUAUCCCAAUUUGAAACAUCUGUUGUGGGCAUGUCAUGUGUUGAUCUCUUGGAUGAACAGAAAAGCAGUUUCUAUGGUCUAUUAUAUGCUCUAAAAGGUCUUGAGAAGCUUCAACGCCUUUGGGUGAAAUGUGACUCAGAAGUUCAGCUGAAUCAAAGUGUAGAAAGAAUUUUGGAUACACUAAAAUACACAAAUUGUGCCGAAUUAGAAGAUACCCCAAGCACAUCUCAAGUCUCAAACAAUAAUUCUUCUUUCAUUGAUUGUCCAAGUCAUGUUCGCAUUUCAGCCUCAAACAAUGCCUUGACGUCUCUUUUGAUACAAAUGGGAAUGAACUGCAACCUCACCAAUAUUCUGAAAGAAAUCAUUUUACAGAAAAUGUCUCCCAUUGGGUCGGGUUUACUUCCCAGCAACAACUAUCCUGAUUGGUUAACAUUCAAAAGUGAAUGUUCUUCUGUAACUUUUGAAGUCCCUCACGUGGAUGGGCGUAACUUGAAGACAAUCAUGUGCAUUGUCUAUUCUUCUUCCCCAGACAAAAUCACAUCAGUAGGCCUGAAAAAUGUGUUGGUGAUAAAUUGCACAAAAAACACCAUCCAGCUCUAUAAGAAAGAUGCAUUAGACUCCUUUAGUGAAGAGGAGUGGCAGAAAGUAGUAUCAAAUAUAGAACCAGGUAACAAAGUGAAGGUGGUUGUUGUUUUUGAGAACGGCUUCAUUGUGAAGAAGACAACAAUUUAUCUCAUAUAUGAUGAACCAAUUGGCAAAAAAACAGUAACUUACCAUGAGCCAGAUCAGAAUGUUGUUAUUUCUGGUGGUGAUGCAAAUAUAUUUGGUAGACUCUUCUUUGUACUCGCUUCCCUUGUUAGAAGAAUUUGCAAACCAAGAGGAGCAGAAACUGAUUGAAGACAAGGGCAACAAGAAAAGGAGGAAAAAGCUGAAAACGGGCACUGUUCUUCCAUGCCAAAUUAACCCAAGAUUCACAAGGAGGCGCUUUUCUUGGUCCAGCGGAGGGCACGGGAAGAGAUUGAGCUUGCUCUUCAUAGUUAUUCACAAGCAGCGGUGUAGCGGAUUUCUGGGAUUGCUGAGUUACCCAGGAGUCAUCACUUGUUUUUGGUAUGCCUCCAUUGUGCGGUGGCUAUUAUGUUCUUUUUGGUCGACUCUAGUAUGACGCAGCCAUAGGGAUAGAGAGUCGUUUUCUUGUUUGAGUUGUAAUUACUAAACUCACUAUGUUAGCGUUUUGUUUGCUUUGUACUCUUGAGACCCUAUGAUGGAUCCUAUGAUGGGUGCUAUUUUAUUAUGAUGUAAUAUCUGGCUAUUAAGUUCCUAGAUAUAUGCUAUGACAGGUUUUCAUCA